AUGAAAAAGCAAUAAUAAGUUAAAAGCAUUUACUAAAAACCGGAUUAGGAGAUUAAAUCAAUCUUAAAAAAACUACAAGAAACAUUUGAAGAUAUAAAAAAAUUAAAAGAAGAAAAGCAUAGACUGCAAGAUCAUUUAGAGCAUUUAAAAAGUUAGAACAAUUCUCACAUAGAUGAGUAUUUACAUAAAGAAAACAUAGGAAACAAUCAGAAAGAUGCAUCAAGUCUAGAAAAGAAGCUAUUAUAUGAUGAAAAACUUUAACUUUUAAAUAUUAUCAAGACUUAAAAAGAAUAGCUCUAAGAUAAAAAAUAGGAGUUGAAUAACAUAUCAGAUGAAAUGAAUAAAAUUGUAAAAAAGAAUAAUGAUCAUCUUGAAAAUGAAGAUAAGAUAAAAAAUAGUCAUCUAGAUGUCUAAACAUCAGUAGCUAAAAUAUAAAUAGAUUGCGAAGAAACAGAUAAAGAGAUUAAAAGAGAUUAGGGUAUUCUAGAUUAAAUAGAAAGCAGUAAUAAGCAAUUAGAGCUUGAAUAUGAGUAACUUUGCAAAGAACAUGAAGAUAUUUAAGAAUAAAGUGACAACAUUAAUUAAGAGGUUUUGUAAAAAGAAUAAGACAUCAAAGAAUUUUAAAAUGAAUUAGCUUAAACGUUUUAGCAUCUACAAGAGCUUGUGUUGAAAAAUAAGAUUUUAAAUGAAUAACUAAACAAUAAAAUUAACUAAGAAUAAACUAACUUAGAACAGAUCUCAAAUGCAUAUGCUCAAAUAGAAAAAAUUGACACUCUAUUAAUUUAAAAUAAUUAAAUCAUAUAACAAUUUGAUUAACAGCUAGCAAAUUCAUGA